AUGUGUGGAUAUUUUGAUGUAAUAAAGACUACCAAGCAGUUACACUUGCAACUGACAGAUGCGUUCAUGGCACUCAGUGCAUACAUUAAGAGUAUCAAAAAGCCGUUCAUUGUGACCAAGGAAAAGAGGUUCAGAGAAGAAGCUGUACUGUUUAUGCAGCCAGAUUUACAAAGAAUUGAAGACACGGGAAAUGCUUCAUAUCCUACAGACGAUCUUUCCUUCAAAACACCAGAUGGAAUACUGGUGGAAGGCAGGAUGGCCACCUCUCUGGCAACAUUGACAGGCCACAAGGAUCGUGUGUGGAGUGUUUCGUGGAACCCAAAAGGCACUAUUCUAUCCUCGUGUGGUUCAGACCGGUCAAUCCGUCUGUGGAACCAAGAAGGGGAUACUUGGGUUAGCAAGGAAGUCCUCUCUGAGGCCCACUCACGCACAGUGCGAUGUGUAUCUUGGUCUCCGUGUGGUAAUUAUUUUGCUUCAGCCAGUUUUGAUGCGACUGUUAACAUAUGGGACUGUAAGACUGGCGAUAUUGAAUGCACUGCCACGUUGGAAGGUCAUGAGAAUGAAGUGAAAAGUGUAGCUUGGUCUGCAUCAGGUUCUCUUCUAGCAACAUGCUCAAGGGACAAGUCUGUCUGGGUUUGGGAAGUGGGCGAGGAUGAUGACUAUGAGUGCGUGUCAGUGAUGCCUUCACAUACCCAGGAUGUGAAAAAAGUUGUAUUCCAUCCCAAUGCAGAAAUCCUUGCAUCUGGAUCAUACGAUAACGGCAUUAAACUUUAUAGAGAGGAGAGUGAUGACUGGGGUGUAUUCUGCACACUCAAUGGGCAUGAAUCAACAGUAUGGAGCCUUGCAUUUGAUAGCAGUGGUCAUCGUCUGGCUUCAUGUUCAGACGACCGCACCGUCAAGAUAUGGCAGGAAUAUUUGCCUGGCAACAGCGAAGGAGUAGCCACACCAGAAAAAGAACCAGUGUGGAAUGCUGGUGAUGACACCAUUCGCAUAUUUAAAGAACAGCCUAAUUCAGAUAAAAAUGCUCCAGUCUUUGAUUUGAUUUUGACAAUGCCGCAGGCCCAUUCAGAGGACGUGAACAGUGUGCAAUGGAAUCCUACAGUUCUUGGAUUGCUAGCAUCGUGUAGUGAUGAUGGAUCUGUAAAAUUAUGGGAUUUCACUGUUGAGCACCCACCUGGCACGUUAUCCUUAGGGAUUUCUGGCAAACGUCAACAACCACAUUAUUAUGAAAGUAUUCUCUUGCUCACCACCUAUUCCUAA